AUGACGUACAUCACCCGUCUCUGGAAUAAAAUGACACAAAAUAAAGCUCUAGAAAGUUCUAGCGGCAAAUUGGAAACAAGAUUUUUUGAAACUAUAUACAGAGUUAUUUAUGUAACAGGAUUGUCGACCGUCGAAAACAGUGUAGGGUACUUUAUAUAUAGCAGCAUAGUUAAGCUGUUUAUUAUGCUUAUAAUUAUCGGAGAGAUAUGGUAUAUGUUCAACAUAACAUGGAGCGUUGAUGUGGCCACUGACAGCAUUAAUGCUACUUUCAUUCAGUUCAGCUCACUCUUUAAAUAUCGCAACAUGAUUAAGUACCGCAAGAUGUUCAGAACUUUAGCAUCAGCCAUGGAAUCUCCCAGCUUUGAUAUAUCUAAUGAAGCGAGGAGGAAAAUAGUGGAUAUAUGGGUAAAGAGAAAUAGGACGUAUUUAAAGAUUCUACUGAAACUUGGGAGUUGUACUCUAGUUGCUUGGUAUGGAUAUCCUUUCAUGGACGAUAUUGACUAUAAUUUAAUGGUUCCUGUGUACUUACCAUUUGCUUACACCGAUCCCUCGACAUAUUCAAUAGUGUACACAACAAUUAUCGUAAUGUUCACUUAUGUAUCGUAUUUCGUCAUGGUAUAUGACAUCUUAAUCCAGGUGUAUUUAAUGCAGCUGUUAUGUCAAUUUGCGGUGCUGCAAGAUUGCUUUACGAAUAUACUAAGCGAUUGUGCAGAAGAUUUUCAAGGAAUGACGGAAACUCAAUUGUUGAAUGACGAGCGGUUUCAAUAUAGAAUCACAAAAAGGUUAAGGGAUUUAAUCAACCAACAUAGAUUUAUUUUAAACAAUACUCUGGAUCUGCGAGAAAUUUUAAGCGGACCAAUGCUAGGACACCUGGCAACAAGCACAGUCUUGAUUUGUGCUAUAGGGUACCAGAUUGUCAUGUCAGUUUCAGUAAAUUUAACAAAAUCAUUGAUGGCGUUUUUCUAUCUGGGUUACAACAUGGUAGUACUUUAUAUUCUUUGCCGAUGGUGCGAAGAAUUAUCCAUACAGAGUGAGGCUAUUGGAUUCUCCGUAUACUGCUCAGGAUGGGAACGUGGCCUCGCCUCUAUCCCCGGCGUCCGCUCUACUCUCCUUUUGGUCUUCACCCGAGCAAAUAAACCUCUGGUGUUAACAGCCGGAGGAAUGUAUGAUCUGUCUUUGGCAUCUUACGCUAACUUGGUUAAAACAUCGUAUAGCGCAUUGACUAUGUUGCUACGCUUUCGUCAGGAUUAA